GUGUGCGUCAGUUCCUGCCGGUGAGGCCGGGGCCCUGAGCUGCGGAGUGGGAUCUGGACUCGGCGACGGGCGGUCAGACAGCAGCACGAAUUGACGCCUGAUCUGUUGAAUAUUUCAACAUUUUCUACUUUUAUCAACCCACAAUCAAUGGACUGCUUUUAUAGAAAUUAAUCCAGUGUUCGGUAUGUGAAAUAUCUGGGGGACAACAUUUGGGUUCAGUGUGUGGUGGCGAUGGCUGAACGAGUAGUGGAGGAGGAGGUCAUCAAUGUCUCCAUGUUUCAGGGAAAUUCCCACAGUGUAUGGAGGGACUCUCGCAGCACACCAGUCAUCACCAUCUCCGAUGAUUCUGACUCGGAUGACGAUCCACCAGUUGUGCCCAUUAAGAUCGAAAUGACAGAAGACCAAGAUGUUGUACUAAUUGAGCCACCAGAGAGACAAAUGCGACCUCCUAUCAUCAUCCGGCCUGCAUCAGAAUGGCAAAAUAUCCAACAGGGAGAUCAACCAAGGGAAAACCAGGGAGCGAAUGGAAACUUUGGAGAGGAGAGGAGCUGUAUCAUCGUGACUCAACAUAAUCGAAACCAACUUGUGUCAGAUGUUGUUGGAGCUCGGGUCAGACCAGAAGAGGUCCACCCUCAGCCUCCCAUAGACGUGGAGGCUGCCCCUGCUGCCGAGCACCAACUUGAGCAGAGGAAUGAGGAACAAAAUUGGGUGGACCCUGGAGCGGUUGCUGGUCCCAGUGAGCCUCCAGCUGGGCGAACAAAUGAGGUAGAACUACUAAACGUUCCACUUUGUUCAGCGGCAAAGACAGUGGAGCGGGAAGAAGCACAAGCGAAUGUGGCGCCAGAGCAAGACCCUGUACCGCCGCAGCCCGACGUUGCACAGGAAGCUUUCAGAGAAGAGAUUCAGCCAAUUGACAACGAUCAAAUCGUGCAGGAACAGCAGGGGGAAGAUUUGUUAGAUAAUAUGAUAAUGGACCUGGAAAACCUUGAGGAAGCUGCUGACGAAACCAGUGAACUCUUACAGUCACUUGUGAAAGAAACAGUGAAUUUGUUUCCUGAAAUAGAAGAACAAUUUGUUGAAGAGCUGAUUACAACACAUGAAAUCUGGGAUUUAAAUGUCUUGUGCAACCACCUCCUAGAAAAUCCUGAUUAUCCGAAAAAAAGUUUAAUUUUCAACCACAGCAGCAGUUUGCUUGAAAGUAACGAAGAGAAACCCAAGAUCGAUUUCUUUGACUUUUCGAAACUUGUGCCUGUAAACCAGCAAUGCUUCCUUCAGGCUUCAGACCUCCUCAUGUCAGAUUUCAAAAUGCUCAACAGUCAAGACAUCAAAUGGGCUUUACAUGAGCUCAAGGGACACUAUGCAAUCACCCGCAAGGCCUUAUCAGAUGCCAUUAAGCAGUGGCAAGAAAACUCACCGCAAUCCAGUCAGAAAAAGACCCGACGGAAAGAAAUGAGCUCGUCUAAUUCAAUCAGUUUCAAAUUUGAACAGGGUGCCUUUAAAAUAGAGAGACAGAUGCGCUUUCUGGAAAACAAAAGACGACACUGGAGAUCGUAUGAUCAGGAUGGCCUUCAUCCACUAGUACGGCAAGAACUGGAGUUCUUCCAUCAGAAGAUGAAGGAAAUGGAAGAGUAUGCAGAUUUUCAAUUUGCUAUGCAAAUGAAUGAAGAACAGUAUCAGAAGGAUGGACAGCUGAUUGAAUGUGGCUGCUGUUAUGGAGAAUUUGCCUUUGAGGAGUUGACACAAUGCAGUGACGGUCAUCUCUUUUGUAAAGAAUGCCUCGUGAGGUAUGCGCAGGAAGCUGUGUUUGGAGCUGGCCAGUCCCAGCUGAGCUGCAUGGAUAGUUGCUGUACAUGCACGUUCCUCAAUGGUGAGCUGGAGAAGGUAUUGCCAGAGAACAUACUAUGCAAAUACUACGAACGUCAAGCAGAGGAGGCGGUUGCUACGGCCUGUGCUGAUGAACUUGUCCGGUGCCCAUUUUGCAACUUCCCAGCACUAUUGGACAAAGAAAUAAAUAUGUUCAGCUGCCCCAAUCCUCGCUGUCGAAAGGAAAGUUGCAGAAAGUGUCAGGUGUUAUGGAAAGACCAUGCCGGGCUGUCGUGCGAUCAGGUGGUCGAGAAAGAUGAAAUCAAGUUCAGGACGUCAUUCGAGGAGAAAAUGACAGCAACAGCGAUCAGGAAAUGUCACAAAUGUACGAUGGGUCUCAUUAAAUCAGAGGGGUGCAACAGGAUGUCCUGUCGCUGUGGGGCCCAGAUCUGCUACCUCUGCCGAGCUCCCAUCAGUGGCUACGAGCAUUUCUGCCAACACCCGCGAUCACCUGGUGCCCCUUGUCGAUUGUGCAAGAGAUGCUCUUUGUGGACGGACCCUAAGGAAGAUGAUGAGAGAUUAAUCCAAGAGAUUCAAAGCGAAGCAGAAAACGAACAGAAAAAGAGGAUUGGAGAGAAAGUGGUGAAAAGGAUCGGCCCGCCACCAGAUGAACCUCCUCCAAAGAAUGCACGGCUGGAAGAGCGGGGCCAACCCAUGCAUCCCGGAGUGAACUUCAACCGCAACGACCUGCCGAGGCCAGCGCCCAUGAUCCCCGAAUUCCCCCCCAUCCCGCCAGUGCCCCCCCAUCUCCAGGUGCCCUUUCCCCCCGCCCCCUAUUUCCAUUUCAACUUUGACCCCCUGCAGCACAUGAAUUUCGAGCACGAGUACCCGAUGCACUUUGGCCCGCAGCCCUACCACCGGCGUCACCGCCACCACCACCACCACCACCACCAUCACCACCCCCAUCAGGAUCCCCCCCACCACCUCCACCACCACCCCCCUCCGGAUCCUCCCCACCACCACCACCCUCCCCACCAACACGACGCGCCCCACGGACAACCAAAUGUGCCGCCCGUUUACCAGCCCCCGCAAAACCGCGUCUUGUUCAACUUUCUACCGCAGCCACAGCAGCAUAACCUGCGAUGACCAGCAUCACCCAUGUAGAGUUUAUUUUCAGCCAAAGAGACCUUUGGUGUCUGUUGUUUUGGUGAAUGUAUAAAAGAAUGGCCACAGAUUUACUGUAAAUACUGGUCAAAUAAACCAUGCUGUUUUUUUUGCACUUGCAA